ACUUCGAGUUGUGCUGUGAAACAACACAGACGGCAAUUUCCAAUAUAUUUUUGAUAAGAAAACAUUUUUGAAAAUGUCUUUGGAUGAUUUAUUUUACAAGAUGAAACAACGCCAUCCUGGCAUAUCGGAACACAUUUGGCAAACCUUAUUGAAUGCCAAGUGCACUUCACCAGCCACCUCAAUAACUCUCUCCCAGAUACGUGCUGGUUAUUAUGAUAUAACUGAAGAGCGUUUUCCUCGCAUGGGAGAUCCACGUACUGAAAUGCUCUUUCUGCUAUCGAUUCCGUUUAUUGCUUCGUUUAGCAAUCGUGUUGGUACUAUACGAUUUUAUAUUAUAGAGGACCCAGAAUUGUCUUAUUGAAAUGGAUAAUUUAGUCAACAUUUGUGCAAUGGUUUUAGUUUUUAAAUUAGGUUGAGUUAGAAAAUUAAAUAAACAUGUUUAUACAGAAA